UGGUGUUGGGGGUGAGAGGCAGCAGCAGGAGGCGGAGUCGUGCCUCUACAAGAGUGACAGAGUCGCCACGACUCCGCCUGAGUCUUCACCGUCUCCAGCAAGCAUGGAGCAGCCACCGCAGACACUCAUUGCGAACCCCGAAAUCGGAAGGGUGUCUGGAGGUCGCAUCGUGAAGAUGUAUUUCAUUGGCGCCGUGCUCUCUGCACUGGCGCUGAUGCUGGUCUUUGCAGACAAGAUUAGUUCAGCAGCAGCACAGGACGUGGAAGAGGAGGACAUGGAGGAGGAAGAGCUGCAGCAGCAUCAUCAUCAAUAUCACGAUAAUGAUCAUCAUCAGCAGCAGCAUCAUCAGCAGCAGGAGCAGCAGCAGCUCGAGUCGGAAGCCGACCCGUGCUGCCAGGCUGAGCUGAUGUCCAAGCUGACGAGUAGCUCCCACCAGGAAACUCGCAGCGAGCGGUGUCUGGCGGCGUGACGAUGGUGGAGAUUGAGGAGGAGAUGGAGGGGGAGACAUCGAGAGGGAGACGGUGUCUGGCGGCGUG